CAGGCCACGCCCAGUCGCCCAGUCGCCUAGUGGUCCACCAAUUACACGUGUCAAAGACGUUCAGUUGGCAGACAGCAAUCACUGGCUGAGGACAGGCGAAUAGCUCACAUCGUCGUUAAAAUUGUGCGCCUCAAUGGUUAAUAUUGAAUCAACAUCCAAUGCCAUCUGGUGGAUUAAAAAUCCGAAUGCAGCCAAGGCGGGUGGCACGGCUGGGCGCAAGGAGUCGCUUGGGUCGACCUUUUGUCAGGAUAUCGCUGAAUUACUGCGCAAUAUAUCCUUGCAGGGCUAUAGCAAGCUGUUGGCAGCGGAAUUUACGUUGGCGGAGCGAUUAAUUUGGCUGCUGGUGCACACAGCCACGCUCAUUUCAAUGGUGGCUGUGCUCAUGCUCACCUGGGAGCACUUUGUUGCACAAUACUUUGUCAUCAAUCUGAAGGAUCCACUUUAUCCGGUUCAAAAUGUGCCAUUUCCGGCUGUGUCGAUAUGCUCCAACAAUCGCAUUUCCCUGCGGGCCGCCACUGCCUACGCUCUUGAGCUGUGAGUAGCCCUAA